GGUAGAGCAUGCUGUAACGUCCACUGUUAGCUUCAACGUCAACUUCCCAAGCCACUAUAAAAUGCUUCUUUCACGCCCACGAACGAAGCGACGCGCAUCUUGCUGUGCCGAUGAUACAUUGAAUCGUUCUGGAAUAAAAGUCAACCUUUCAACCGACCUUCGACCUGACUGACGAGAUCAAGUGCUCGGGGGAUUCUACCAUUCUCUUUGAACGGACAGAACCCAUUCCAACAUGUCUCGACGCUCUUCCAUUUUCGGGAGGCUUGGCCGCCGAACCUCAUCGGCGACGGCAAGCAUUGCAACCAGCAACGAGAAAGACGGACAGGGAAACGACGACAAGCUCGCACCGCCCCCGGCCUACACCACCGUCGACGAGUCGGCCACGGCGGACUUGACAGCGGCCUUUGACCAACUGAGCCUUUCCAGCGCCGCUUCCGACCCAACUGUCGAUACAUGUCUUGCCCACUUGAAGCUGUUGUUCGCCAUCCAGUCCAUGAAGGAAGAGGUCGGCUAUACAGAUGGCCUUUGGGGACUGUGGGACUCCCGUGCCGGGCCUCUCGACCACCUUGAACACACAUAUGUCAAUAAGAAGAAGACCCCUUCUGAUUCCAAGAAGCCCCUUGGCGAUGACCUACUGGAAGACGACGACAAGGUUGCCAAGAAGACACUCGAGAAUCUGAGCAAGAUCCGCGAGAAGCGAUGGGCCUUGUACCUUGCGAGAGCUACCCAGAGAUACGAGGCGUGGUGGAAAUCGCUGCCUGGCGGUCAACCAUUGACGGAAAAGGACAUGGAGGAAGACACAUCCUUUGGAUACGAGAAAUUUCCUACGGAUGACAGCGCUACCUUUGAUUGCAGCGAGGACAAGUUACCUCCUCUUGAUGUACUGAUGGUCUGGCAUACCCACAUGCUCAACCCCCGUGCCUUCCUUGAAGAUGCCAUGCUAGCUGGAUUGAGAGGCUUCUGGAAUAGAGGACUCCCGUGGCAUUUGGUCAACGCGGCCAUCGACUCCGACUUCAGCUACAAUGUAACGGAUCAGUGCAAGGCCCAAUGGACGAACCAGACCGGCCUCUCUUGGGACAAUCAAUCUGAUCCACUCGUCAAAGACUUGCAAUGCCCCAAAUGCAACACACAAUUGUCAAUCCCCUGGACAACAUGCUCUCGGCCUGAAGACUUCUAUGAUGAAACCGAACCCCUGGACCUGACUGGCACUGGCUUUGGUGACGGCAACCUUAAGCAUUUGUGCGAAAGAUGUGGUAUUACUAUUUGUAAGGAAUCGCUUUGUGCUUUCAAGUUUGUCAAAGACGUCGAGGCUCUACUUGGGCCUGCAAACCGGCCGAUCCCAGGCACCGUACUAGAACCCACAACUGGGAGACCCGCGACAGUGCCGCCCGAGCCUGAAAGGUCCAUCUACCCUCGCACCUUUCCCAACCGUCUUCUUAAAAGUGGAUGCAACUCUAUUCGCACAAAGGUGACCACGCUCAUGACGUCCAAGCCGAACCCUACCAUGCAAGACAUUCGUGUCGAAAUCGAAGCCAUUCUUGGGAACAGCACAUGGCUGAGGGAGAUCAACAAGUAUUUGAGCCCCAGGGGCGCGGCAUACAGGGUUGGUCGUGCCAGUAAGCUCAGCAUACGCAAAAUGAUGGCCCAUUACUGGGAGAACUUCAGCCCCUUUGCUCUUGACCUGGCUGGCGCUGUUGUGCGCCAGGGCAUCUUCAUCGAAAAGAUGUACAAGAUUGACUGGCUUCAUAGCCCUUCGGCAACUGACACCAUGAAGCGCCUCCUGCUCAAAUAUGUCCGUUUUUUUGCCAUCAUGCAGAAGAAUCCGACCAAGAUGGCAGUCCCUACGCUUGAUAUCGACCUGGCUUGGCACACACACCAGUUGAGCCCAAGCAAGUACUACGAAUACAGUAUCGGCAAAACCGACAAGUUCAUCGAUCAUGAUGACAAGGUCGAGGAGGGCAGAUUGAGCGAGCAAUUCGAAUGGACCAGCAAGGAGUAUCAGGAUACCUAUGGUGAAGUGUACAGCGAGUGCACGUGCUGGUAUUGCGAGUCUAUUCGAACCUCACACGUGAACUCACUCGGUCAAGUGCUGGGUGUUUCCAAGUCAGAGAAAAUUGCCGAAUCCUUCCACGCCUCCGGAAAAGCCAAGUUCUGCCCACCCGACAGGUCCGCCCAUAUCUCUUCCCACAACGCCGUGAUGUUACACGUCGAUCCUUCACAGCCUGACCUAACCACUCAGAACCGUGUGCGCAUGCAACUCGCCGCCCUUCACCAGAAGAGACUGGAUGCUGCAUACGCAAAAGCCAAGAAACGCGCAGAGAAGAAGGGCAGAACGAUCCCGCCCCGGGAUUCGACGUACUACGACCACUGGGGAUACCCGUACUACAUGGCUGGACCCUACAUGUAUCCCAUCUGGUUCGCACCGGGCUUGUACUACGGUUGGAAUCCGGGAUACAUUGCCGGCUGUGGCACCGGAGCGAAUGGAGCUUGUGCAGCGGGCACAUGCGGAGGAGGUGUUGCUGCUGGUGGUUGUGGUGGUGCUGGGGUAAGCUAUCCUUAGUCCUAUGACAAUGGUGGAUAUGAUGCUAACA